AUGAUGCUGACCAAAACAACGAUUGCCGCCUUGUUGGCGUCGCUAUCAUUCGUGACUGCCGUUCCACAAGGUGCUACAUCAACUUCUACAUCGACCACUUCUUCGUCUAGUAGUUCUUCUUCCAGUAGCGCAAGGAGGUCUUCCCGAUAUGCGGCAUCAUCAAGCGUGCCGUCUACUCGACCGGGUCUGUCGUCAGUUUUUCAUGGCGCAUACAGCGGCUCAGCGACGGUGACUGGCGCACUGAAAGCCAGCUCUGUUGGCACUGGGAUUGUCGUUGGAGGCGUACCCCCAGCUGAGACGACGUAUCCCAGUGACGGACAACUACAUGACGCUCAACCGGCUCCGUAUGUUCCUGCAGGAGGUGUUGGCACCAAUACGACUCCUAUCUAUAACGUGCAAAGUGACUUUGACUACGAAUCCUUGGCACUCGCUCUCUACCAAGAAUGGAUCGAGCUGGAUCUUUUCCAAUACGGACUUAAAACCUUUUCUGAUUCCGAUUUUCAGGACGCUGGCUUGACUGCUGAGGAUCGAACCUUGAUUGAAUUCAUGGCAGAACAAGAAAUUGGCCAUGCUACACUCAUCAGUAACAUUCUUGGUGCCGAAGCACCGCAGCAAUGUAAUUAUAACUAUCCAUUCACGAACGUGCGCGAGUUUGUGGACUUUUGCCAGAAGCUCACACGAUUUGGUGAGUCUGGCGUGUACGGCUUUUUGGGUCAUCUCAAUAGCCGUGAGGCUGCAACGCUGCUCUUGCAGAGUAUCUCUACAGAAGCUCGACAACAGCUGAUCUUCAGACAAUUCGAUGGCCUAUUCCCGAUGCCUGUCUGGUUUGAAGUCGGAGUGCCUCAGUCCUGGGCUUGGACUCUCCUUGCUCCUUACAUCAGCUCGUGUCCCGCGAACCAGACACGUCUAGCCUGGCAGAAUUUCCCUGCUCUUUGGAUUUUGAAUCAACCCAAUCCAGCCAGAUACAACGCUUCUCAAGGCUUCAACGAGACUCUCGGUGCAGGAACCAAUACAUUGAACAGCACCGGAAUCUCCGGCUCAGCAGCUUGUUUCAACAACACUGGUCAAAGCGGCAACUGCAAUCCUGCAAUUACCCAAAAUCGCAGCAUUCCGCUGUCGUACCCCGGUCGAGUGGUCAAUCUCACCUGGGAUCAACCUGGAAAACUCGUUGGACCAAACAACAGCUACGUCACGUCAUCCUCAGCCGGUACUCCAGCCUAUGUCGCAUGGGUGUCGCAGUUGAACGUGACUUAUUCCGCGUUGAAUUUGAGUAGCAAUACCUCUGGAUCAACUGUUCAGCCGGAUGUUGAGACUUUUGCGGGUGAUCCUGCUGUUAAUGGAACGCUGUUCAUUGCAAUUACAGAUUCGGACAUAUUUUUGACACCGUUCAAUUUGAGUUUGAUUAAUGAGCAUGUUGUUGCUGGGCCUGCUUUGUACCAGGCUGGCUAA